AUGGACAGUGUUGCCAACCCAAAUGGUGGACCAAAGAAUGUGAAGAACUCAAGAACAUCAAACAUAAUAAAUCAAUACAGAAAAACAUUAUUCCAGGCUGAUUUGGGUGAGUACAAAGCGGCGAGGAAUAGAUUCAAACGAUUAUGUGACUCACAGAAAUUCAAAUAUCGUAUCGAGUUAGAGAAAAGUCGAAAAUUAAAUUUGAACAAUCCCAAGAUAUUUUGGCAAAAUAUUAAGUCACUUUUAAAGAGAAAACCUAACGUAUCUAGAAUUCCAGCAAACGAUUGGUUAAGCUAUUUUAGUCGUCUUUAUAGCUACGAUACAGAUAAUUCCAUACAAAGUGUCUCUGAAAGAGUAAGUGUGAACGAUCAGGUUUGUCAAGAUUGCGAAACUGGUUUGCCAACCGAACCUAACUUGUUUAUAGCGGAAGAUGAAAUCAGGAAAACAGUUUCAUCUAUGAAAAACAGGAAGGCGGCAGGGAACGAUGGAUUCUGCAUUGAACUUAUCAAAGAGUCGCAAUUUGUAAUGAUUCCAAUUCUUAGUAAACUUUUUAAUGUCAUAUUUGAAACUGGUUUAAUGACAUCCAGUUUCCCUGGAACUAUAUAUGGGGCAUUGUAUUACAGAGAUUUAGAAAAUGAGAAAACUGUAGCUUUGAAACAUAAUAAAGGUAAUUUCGAAGCAUCUAUAAUUCUUGGAUCACUAGCCAAAAAAGAAUAA